GGUUCAGAUGGAGGAUGUUAGCCGAUGACUUGUUAGGUUUUUAUAGUUCCUCCUAACAGGGGCCGGACCGGUGGACAAAGUAUCUAUCGCCGCACGGCCUCUCCGCUUCUCCUCUCUCUACGGCUGAGGAGAAAGUGUGAAAGGCGAGAGGUAUCUUCGGCGGCGGUGAUGGAUCCGGAAGCGGUGGCGAAGGCGUUCGUGGACCACUACUAUCGGACGUUCGACGGGAACAGGGCAGCUCUGGCGGGCUUGUACCACGACGCCUCCAUGCUCACCUUCGAGGGCGACAAGAUUCAGGGCGCCGCCGCGAUCGUCGCCAAGCUCACCUCCCUACCUUUCCAGCAGUGCGCCCACGCCAUCUCCACUGUCGACUUCCAGCCCUCGGGACCCCCCGGCGGCAUGCUUGUCUUCGUCAGCGGCUCCCUCCAGCUCGCUGGCGAGUCCCACACCCUCAAGUUCAGCCAGAUGUUUCAUCUGAUGCCAACACCUCAGGGAAGUUUCUAUGUGCUGAAUGACAUAUUCCGCCUGAACUAUGCUUGAGAAAUCUUUUAAACUAUAUCGACGAGGCGGCAGUGGCCGAGUGGCACAUGCUAUGCCGUUGUCAUAGGUCAUGGUUUGAAGAAGGGUGGUUGUUUUUCCUUAUUUUAUUUUCCUUCUGGUUGGGUGGUGGACUUUUGAAAAUGAUUUUGAAUCUUUUAUGGAUACAGAAGAGUGAAACUGUGAUCAUUUCUUCGUGUCCGAACCUUCCUUCCUUAGAUGAGACUGAUUCUGUUAACAUUUAUAUGCAGAUUAGUCAUGAAUUUGCUGUUCUUUGUGACA